AUCAACAUUGUCAACAAUUCAACCUACGACGGUUCAGCACACGCUUCACAGUUAAACUUGUUCUUGAAGACGAUUAGUAAAAAAAAAACUAAGGCAACAUCAAGUAAGGCAAUGUGUGACAUCAUUUGCAGACUAUGCUUAAAGGACCUGGAUGCGGAUGAUCCGGAUGGAAGCUCUAUUUUAGAUGAAAAGAUUAGAAAAGCGAUGAACAAUGUGUUUUGCUUUAAGGUAUGCUUUGAAGCGGAAUUACCCCAGAACAUCUGCAAACAAUGCUCCUGGAAUGUGCAAGAUUUUGAAUGCUUUAGCGAGCUAGUGGAGAAAAAUCAGAAAAUAUUAAAACAAAAAUAUAUGCCCAAGAAAACCCCUCAUUGCACUGAGGACGGAUCCACAGAACAGAUGGAUCAUGAAAACCGCGGACAGGAACCAUCGACCCAAAGUCAACUUGCAACAGUAUCAUCUUCAACAGUAUCUGAUAUAUAUUUGGAUUCGAAUGUCUAUGAUAAACCUUUGGUGGACAUGGCGUGCAAGACUGAGCUGGAUGAGGUUGAUGUGGUAGAUGAGUUCCAUCCAGAUCUUAUGGAAACUUCGAUCACCGGUAUAGAACAGUGGCGUACAAUUAUGACGUGUGGUGAUUACAAAAUAUCAUCCGAUUAUGAUACAACAGAGAGCUCCUCUAAUGAAGAAAAUGUUGAAAACUUCCUAGAAAUAAUGGAAGAAAACAACAACCCACCCAACGGACCAAGUGAAGGAAAAUUAAAUAAACAAGAGGAAAAAGAUGGCUUGAGGUCAGUGUCAAAUCACUGUCCGCCCGAUACUAACGACAAGGAACAGUACGCAUGCAUGGUGCCAUCGCAAGACUCGUUGAAAAUGAGCAACGACAAGGAAAAUGAAUUAACAAAUAACGAUAAGGGAGAGUUUGUGUGUGGUGAGUGUGGACAAACAUUCGUAAUUAAAAAAAAACUGUACUCACAUCGGCAAAACCAUCAGCUACAAAAGUGUGUGAUUUGCAGUAAAACAUUGAAGCGAAAGAGCUUUCAAAGGCAUCUCCUAACUCACAAACGGGAAAACAUCGAAAAGGUUAUGAAAAAAAAGUAUCGUAACAAACCACAUUAAUUUAUAUAAAAUCUACUUUAGCAUGUACGCGAAAACGAAAAAAGCAAAACAAUUGUUGUGAUAAAAAGUAGUUAAUGUACAAAAAAGAAACAUCAAUGUAUCAAUGUAUGUUAGUACGUCAGUAGUUUUAUUAUUAUAUUUCAUUUGUCUGGACGCAUCACGAUUGCAAACAGAAUUGAUUAUUUGCAAAGCAUUAAAAUGUGCAAGUAAAUAAAGGCUUGAAAAAAAAAAGUUUCUGUAAAGAUACCGUAAUGCUUCGAAUUACGGACAUUUAUGCAUUUUUGGUAUCUAAUAUUUUGAUACAAAUUCAAUUUUAUUCAGUUAAACCUCUGUAUUACUCACUUGACUAAAGCAAACCUUCUACAUUUGAGAAAAAAUAAAGAU